CCAUUCGCCGCCAGCACGUGUGUGCGGUUGUUUUUUAUUUAACUUUUAUUUUUAACGAAUUACACGAUAAAUAGGGGUUUUAUAAAACACCAUGGCCAUACAACCCAAUCGGCGGAAGAGGAAACACGAGGAGGCGGAUGCUGAACAGCAGGACGAAGGCGAUGUGGCGGUGCCCAAGAAACUGGCCAAGGAGUCCGACACUCCAAAGAAAAAGAAGAAAGAAAAGACCAAAACAGAUGAAACCCCGGAGGAAACCACGCCGGAAAUAAAUGGAACAGAGUCAGCCGACUCCGCACCCUCGAAGAAAAAGGUAAAAAAGCCCAAAGCCCCCGCUGAAAAUGAAGAGCAACAGGUGGAUAUGGAAGAGGAUGUGGUGGAGGAAUCACCUUCCAAGAAACUUAAAAAACGAAGGAAAGAUCAGCACGGUGAGGAUGAAAUAAGUCCUGAUUCCGGCAUUGAGCCCGAAGAUGUAAACAUACGAUUUCCCAACGACUUCAAAAUGAUGCAUUUCCGCACCAAACUCCGCAGCAAUAACUUUAUUACAGAACUGCGUCACUUCCUGCAUAUGUGCGCCACCACCCGUCCCAAAUUGCCGGCCAAGUACAUUGAGAAGCGCGGAAAACCUUUGGAGCUGGUCGAGGCCUUCGAAAGGAUCGACAAAAGUAACCUGCUGCACGUUAACUACCUCACGGAGGCACUUCAGCGUGUUGUGAUGGAAAUACUCACCAACCAGAAGAGCCACAUGGAAUCGGCGGCCCAUGGAUGCCGCUAUUUUCUAAAGGUCCACGGGGGUGUGCUCGAUAAGCUGCUGCAGUCCUUGUACCCAAGUCAUCGGGCCAACGCCCUUAAACUGCUGACGGCAAUCGUUUGCGUGGAGCCACAACUGGGCCGCCAGGUGCUCAACUCCUACGAUGUCCUCUCCAACGUGACGGUGGUGCAGCAAAUGUUGUCGCAUGCCAAGGAGGAUUACCAGAACGAGAACACAGUGCGCAAGGCGUUUAUACACUUUAUUCUCGCCUUCCUGGUGGAGGGCAACACUCUGCUGAUCCGGAACAUCCUGGACCGAGGACAACUGAUUGGCGUGCUGACCAAGGGAUUGGUCUACGAUGACCAUGUCACCGUCUGCGUGGUGCUGAACGCCCUGAGGCAGUAUGUGCUGGAGAACCCCGAAAUACAGAAAACUAAGAAGGUGCUGGUCUUUGACCUUGAGUGCUGCAAGAACCUUCGACGCCUGUACGACUGGGAGGGACCCGCCGGGCUCACCGUGCUGUUUGGCCAUCACCAAAGAAAGGGGAAGCAGCCUGCGAACCCGCAGGAGGCGGAAUCCGUAUCUGCGGCCGUGCACGAACUGCUGUUGGUCCUGCUCACCUCCCGCAAGCACGGCGUCUGCUUCGAUGCCAUGACCCACUACCGCCAGAAGCAGAACAAGCUGCAAGGCAGACUACUCGGUUCGCUGUACAAACCGUUCGAUAAUCCGCGCAAAACGGAGCUGGUCAUCAAGACACUGACUGCCUGUCCGGAUUUGGGACGCAAUACGGUGAGGAAUUUCUCCAGCCUCCUCAGUCCGGCCAAGAACAAGAUGGAGGACAUACCCCAGGCGGCGAUUUUCCUGGCCCAGGUCAUCGAUGCAGUUCCUCCGACUGCUCUGUCCACUGCCUUCGACAAGAUGACGCUUACGGAUUUCGGAUUUUGGAUCAAGCAGCUGUGCCUGCCCAUCGAAGCGCUGAUGCACAUCACAGGCAAACAAUACCUAGGCAAUAUGGAUUUCAGUUUUCGGCUUGCCAUGAUGCGCCUUCUCCUGUCCAUGAUGCAGCAGUACAGCAAUUAUGUGCAUGCCAUUGCAGUGCGUGAGCAGUCGAAAAAGGCCGGCAAUUCGCUGCGGAAAUUCAAGUUCGAUUUGCUGAACCAUCUGCUAGUCCACUUUCCCACCAUUGAGUCCGUUCUGGUCUCCCUUUUCACCACCAUCAAGCAGGAGAAAAUGGAAGGAGUGAAUGUGCUGGAACAUUUAUCGGUUACCCUAGACCUGGUGCUGCUCAUGUGCAAGGAGAAUCGAGCUUUUGUGAACAGGACAAGUCAAAUUCUGAACUAUUUGGAAGUUUUGAGACCCCUGUACCAGACUGAUUUCGAUAAUCUAAAUGAGCCGCAGGAGCUAUUCAAAAUGCAACUUGAGUUAAAGUCGAUUAAGACCAUCCUUUUGCUGUUUCCGCGCUCUUUAAACCCGCAGGAAGCCCUCUUCGCCAAGGUGUUCAAAUCGUUCAUUAAAGCUUACAUGCUGGAGGAUGUGGCCAUCAAGGCAGAGGCUGGAAACAUAUUGAACCGCCUCUUCCACAAUACGGGAUUGUUUGAUUCCUGCAGCCACGAGAUAAACAUUUGGCUGGAGGCUCUCAUCGGAUUCGAUGCGGCAACGGUGACCAAUGUGGUGGACAUCCUGCUGGAAGUACUCUGCUUGGACUGGCGGCAGAUAAAGUUGCCGGAGCUUAGUGUUGCGGAAACGACGUCUAAAACCCAAAACCUAAGCAAACUGUUUGCCCAAAUCGAACAGGGUCAAACUGUGCAGGCCUAUGUGGAAACUCUGAGCCUGAGCAAAGUGAUGCCUCUGCUGCUGAAGGGUGUGGAGUUGGAGGAGCCCUACGACGCCUACGUGGAGCUGGUAUUCCUAAUGCUCUUCCACUAUCACAGCAAGCCGAAACAAGUGCUGCAGCUCUACGAGGGUAGUAGCUUAAGUAGCAACACUGAUUACAUGAAGAGCUGGUUGCCUGGCCAGUUAAAGGAGAAACCAAAGAAACUGCCACCGAUCUUGGCGGACAAGUGGCCGCUGCUGAAGCAAAUGCGCACGGCUAUCACCAACGAGGAUGUCCAGCCCUUCGAACAGAUAUUCAAAGUGGAGCAAACCGACAUGAACUUUGAGCUGCAACUGGGCGAGGGUCAGACCAUGUUGUUGCAUCCCAGCCUCAGCAAUCCACGACGCAACAUGGUCUACGUUCAGGAUCUUCUCUUCGUAUUCAGCCACCUCUUCUCCAGUGCGCUACUGAGCAAAAUGCAGGCAGAACUCACUGCAGAUUAUCUUAUCAAGUUUCUGCAGAUUGCCAGCCAAGUGGAUGAUGGCAAGGAGGAGGUGCACGAGGAGGAUGAGGAGAAACAAUUUGAGACAUACACCCAGAGUCUGCUGCACUACAUCUUCAACAUUCGGCUGUGGCAAUUGCAUCCCACAGAAAUGCUAAGCGAAACGAGCGAAUCUCGCUUGAACUAUGUCGUUUUCCUAAGGCGACUGACGGGACAUUGCCGUAGUUUGCCUCGAUUCGAGAGCUAUACUGCCAACUACCGGCUUCACUUGAUUAAGAGCCUGGAUAUUGCUCUGGACACCUCAGUGGAUCGAUUGGAGCAUCAACAGCAACUCGUCGAGUGUGUGGCCCUGGUGGAUUCCUUUGAAUUGACAUCUAGCGAAUGCUCUCAGAUGCUGGACUUGCUUACUACCAAAAUGCAAGCCAAGGCGUUUAUUCCAAAUGGCAAGCCCAAUCACUACUUCGACCUAUUGCUGCGAUUGAUGGAACGAUUGACCACGUUGAAGGAGCCCAUCGAUUGCAGCAAAUCAUUUAAGGUGCUGCUGAGCUUCUACAAGGAUUUCUGUGAGUUGAGCGAACAAUAUUUGGAACCUUUGGAGGCGGCCAUUCUGCAGUUUUUGCUUAGCUACCAUCAUCAUCUGAGCGAGUGCGACAGCGAUUUCUUUGCCUGUUUCUUCACAUCCUCGCGUAAGCUGAGUAAAUCCGCCAUUCGUCUGGCCAGUUUGCUGCUCGAACGCCAACCCAGACUGGCAGAGAAAUUUGCCGAACUGCUGCCCAGCAAUUUGGAGCAAAAGGAACUCGUAUAUCCCCUGCUGGACAUUGCUCUGACCAAGAAGUACCAACUACCUCAACCAGUGCUCCAACGUUGCUAUCAGACAUACAAGAAUGGCUUCAUGAAGAGCAUUGAGAAGCCGCAGAAGGCAGCCUUAAUCUACCGUGAGAAUCCGGAGGCCAGUGCUCUGCUCAUUGCCCUUUGCAUGCCCAAAUCCGAGUGCCUGGAUUACUGCCAGAAACAGCUCAAACUGGACUCCGUGGAGCUCUUCCAGGUGCGAGUUCUUCGGGAGAUUUACUGGCAAGCUUUUGCCACCGCCAAGGAUGAGAAGCAAAAGGCCACGGUCUUUGUAAACUACAUUAACCUCAAUGUCCAGCUACUGGCCCUGGAUUUGAAGAAGCAGGCUCUGGAUCUGCCUAAGCUGGAGCAAAUCGCAUGGAACUGUUACGAGUGGUGGGAGCUGAAGCAGGGCCAUGAUCUACCCUUGGAUUGGAGCCGCCUGCUGAAGAACCCGCAGUGGCUUAACUUCUGCAAAAGCUGCCUGAAGUUGGCCCUUCAUCUGGGCGAGGAACGACAACCGCUGCAGGAUGAAACCAAUGGACUCGUGCUGAAGCUAAUGGCCUUCUUGUGCGAUGGCAUGUACGAGGAUUACAAGGAGGAAGCGCAGCAGCAGCAGGAAGAGGAGGAUACCACGCCAGCCCAACUGUAUGAAAUGAUUUGCACGCAUUCCUGCUGCUUUGACCAUCUACUGGGCAGCCAGAGUGAGACGAAAACACAUCUGUUGCAGCUCCUGGAGGCACUGGCCAGAAAGGCACCCAGUGCCCUCCAGUCCGCACACAUACCCGUCAUCCUGGGCUCCUAUCACGCCAAACUGUCUGCCGCAGAUCGCUAUGGCCUAGCUCUGCUGGAGCACUACGAACGUUUCGAUGUGGGCUUGGAUAAGUUUAGACCCUUCAUUUGGGGCGAAAGUGCUGUGGCCCAUUAUGCCUUGAGAGCGGCGGACGAGGAUGAGCGGGCUCGAUUGCAGCAGCAGGAGACUAACGUGGCCCAGGUGCUGGCCCUGAUUGUGCGGGAGACCAGCGAGUACACCAUUGAGAACUUUCCGAUUUGGAGGAGCUUGCAUGCCAGCCAACAACUGCCCACCCUGGAGUUCCAGAAUCCUGCUAAGAAAUCGCAAAACUUCGGCGACAAUCAGGUGGAGCGAAUGGUGGAGCAGGGUCGGCAAGAUUUCCCCCAAGAACUGAGGCGCAUAUGUCCGAAGCGCGAGAGGGUCUACGACACCUGCUACGAUCCUGCCUUCCUGCUGCCCCUGAUGAUGCACUGCUUCGCCCCGGAAUCCGUGGUCUGGUCCCGCUGGCCCGUGCAGAAUGGCCUGCUGGCGGUCACCUUUUGCGGCCUCUCCUCGCUGGACAAGGACAUGCGACUGGCGGCGGCCAGUUGCCAGCAACGCUAUCGCGCCCACUUUGAGCUCUCGAAAUUCUACGAGCGUCCGCUGUGGACGCAGGCCUACGACAACAUCCAGGCGGGAUUGAGUGAGCUGCGCAACUCUUGGCUGGCGCAGAGGAGAACGCACGGCGGCACACCUAGGGUUCCCCUCAUUCCAGCCCUGUUUAUCGCCCACAGCUUCAACCUGAGCACGGAGCCCACGCAUCUGCUGUACAAGCGACUGAUGAUGUACCUGCGGCUGAAGCAGAGCUUCAACUUCCAGACCAUACCCGACUUCAAUGUGUUCUUCUACUCGCAGGAACCGGAGCACCAGCAGUACCGCGAGUUCAUCGUGGAGCUGCUCAGGCAUGGCAUCAAGUGCAGUGCCGAUCUCUUCCUGCUGGUAUCCACCAACACGUUCAAGGUGCUGCUGGGCUACUACGGCUCCAGCUUGGCCACUCUGGAAACGAAUUUGCUGCUCCUUUCGGUGCUCUCUACUUGCGUGAAGAUUCCCGGCGCAGUCAAGAUCAUGCUGGAGCAUGUCGGCAUCCUGUCCUGGCUGGUGAGCGUGAUCCGUGACACGGAGUUCCAUCAGUUCGACAUCAUCGAGGGCGUCAUAAGCAUCCUCAACAAUCUGUGGUACGCCCUGGCCGCAUCGCGUUCGGAACUGCCCGACUACGACCACGUCCAGUUGCGAGUGUAUCGUCUAGUGCUGCAACUUCUGCCUCUGCUCUCGCCGAGGAUCUCGGUGCCCGGCCUGGGCCGCCUGCUCAACGUGCUGUGGAAGAGUGGCUCGGCCUGUGGCCAGCACAGUGCCUUGUCCGCCGACCAACUGGACCUCCUGCUCGAGUGCAUCGCUCGCCAAUGGCCGGAUCAGCUGGCUGGCGUGCGCUAUGUGAGGAACUUUGGCGGCUGUGGCGCCUGUUCGCGAUCGGAGUACUGCGAUUGGUUGGCCAAGGAUCAACAGCUGGAGCCUCCUGCCGUCCUCGCCUUGUCCAGUCUGCGGGAGUUCGUCAUGGAUUGGUGGCAAGCCCACAGGGCAGAGAUUAAGGAGGAACCAGAGCAAGCAGCUGGCCGAGUCAACUGAGUAGGAAUUACUUUUGUUUUGCUCUAGGUUAAGCUAUUGAAAUGUGUUUAGUUUGUAGGCACCAGAAGUCUUCGAUUUAUUAAAUUUAUAUGCAAUGCAUUUUUAAA